AUGCUAGCAGAAAAUCGACAGACCUCAUUCAUGCCUUUGAAUUGGGGUUUUGAUGGCGACGAAGCUCCCGACCCGCUCCAGAUCUCCGGCCACCACCGUCUGUUUCGUACCGGCUGCCGUCCUCAUCAUCUUUGUGCUCCUCCGCCGGCCAUCCAUGGAUCCCUACGCUCCCGGCACCCCUCGUUCCUCCGUGUCGUCCCGGCGCGCCGAGCUGUACGGCAGGAUGGCGGGGGACCUCGACGAGCGCGGCGCGGCGUUCUUGAAGGGCGGCGAGACGUCGCAGUCGCUCACGCUCUCGGACCUCUUCGACGUCAGGGACGGCGCCGUCGUGCCCAAGCUCAAGGCUGCUGACCCGCCGGUGCGUGCGAACGUGCUCUACCUGGACCCGGAGUUCGCCGCCGUUAUAUCUAAGGCUGUGAAGGAAGUAUUCCUUCCCCAUUUUGAUCAAGUUAUCUGGUUCCAAAAUUCAAGCAUGUACCACUUCAGUAUGUUUCAUGCCUCUCAUCAUCUGGAGCCAAUUUUAGCAACUGAAGAUGAGAUUGAAGCUGAAGCGGAUGCUGUAAAGAGAGUUACUGAGGCUGUUUGUCCCCUGAAAAUUGUAUUGGAUCGAGUUGUUUUGACAUCAACUGGAGUUCUUCUUGGCCUAUGGCAGGUUGAAUCUGGUACUGAUCCUGCUGACAUCCGUUCAAAAUUGAGAGAAGCUCUCCCUCGAGCACCUCAAAAGCAAUUGUAUGACCCUGUUCUGCUUCACACCUCCUUUGCGCGAGUUCUGGGACCUCCUAAGCUCCCACAAGAGGAGAAUACUUCAUCUUUGGAUCACGUGAAGUUUUUCCAUGACCUUGUCGCACAAGUUAACAAGAAGAUCCAUGGUUUCCAGGCAAAGAUAUCAGAGCUAUGGUACGUAGAAGAGCACGAUGUCCUCGCAUUAGCGCUCAAUGGAAAGAUGAAGGUGCGGAGGCUCCACCUUGGCUGCAAUGGAGCCCAGGACAACUGGAAGAGGAUGAAGAGAACACCUCUAUGACUCGCAUAAUCACAUUCAUGUCAACCCUUGUUCUGCGAAAAUUAAGCGGAUGCUUUUGCACCUCCUGAGUGCCAAAGAACAAUCUACAUCUACAUAUCAUUAGUUCAUAUGUGGAAAAUUUGACAUUGUGUGUAAUCGCUCAGUACAGAUUCUUACCGCAACGUUUAUAUACCCGUGGAUCUGUGUUGACAGCCACAUCUGUACGUGUAGCAUGUGCCUGUUCCUAUUUGAAUUUUCAGCUUACACCGAACAA